AUGGUGAGGAUGAAGAGGAGUCUUUAUGGGCUUUCUUGGCAUCCAUUAAUUGAUACUGCAGAACUAUCGGACAGUGUCAAGGUCCUCAAACGUUUCAGUCAACAAAAGCAAAAGUUCACAAGCGGAGAGAGAGAGAGAACAUAA